CCCUGCACUACAGCAACCUUCAUAUCCAGUGCCUGUACAUGUGUGUGCGUGCGGCUCUCUCAACCAUUCCUCCCUGACAUUCCACAGCAGAUGUGGGAUUGACUGCUGGAUACAGAAACAAAGAAAGUCGCAGGAAUAUUCUUUGGAUCUGCGCAGUUUUUAAAACUACUUUGGACCAAACAUUCAGCGCUUUUCUUCUUUCAAGCAUUUGGCUGAAUCUUCUGUUGGGAAACACGGACUCUGCUACUGAAACAUCCAGUUUCUUUUGGGAUUCUGGACUUUGGGGAUUGAACAACCCCAGGCAGGGUACAAUAGAACAUCCUAAACAAAAGGGCUGUAGAAGCCCUGUGACCUCUACAAUGGCAGACGUCCUUCAGCUUAAUAACAACAGUCUACAAGUGCCAGGUGAAGAUAGAUCAGCCUCUACAUCUCCAUCUGGUUCUCCAUCCCCUUCCAGAAAUGAAUGCAAUAUCACUCCACUUACUCCAUCCCCCUCUCCACGGACAGAGAUUAGACCGCGUGUGGCUCGUCCAUUUUCUGUGGUUGUUGCUAUAGAUUUUGGCACCACCUCCAGUGGCUAUGCAUUCAGUUUCACAGAAGAUCCUGAGACCAUUCACAUGAUGAGACGGUGGGAGGGUGGUGACCCUGGUGUCGCCAAUCAGAAGAGUCCAACUUGUCUACUACUGACCCCUGACCUCCGGUUCCACAGUUUUGGCUUUGCAGCUCGAGACAGCUAUCAUGACAUUGACCCCGAGGAAGCCAGGCAUUGGCUCUACUUCGACAAAUUCAAAAUGAAAAUCCACAGCACUAGUGAUCUCACUAUGGAGACCGAGCUGGAGUCUGUUAGUGGAAGACGAGUCCGGGCUAUUGAGGUGUUUGCUCACGCCUUGAGGUUCUUCAGAGAACAUGCUUUAAAGGAGGUGAAGGACCAGUCUUACUCUGUGUUGGAAGGUAAUGAAGUACGAUGGGUCAUCACUGUUCCUGCGGUGUGGCGGCAACCCGCCAAGCAGUUCAUGCGAGAAGCUGCAUAUUUGGCAGGUUUAGUGACUCCGGAUUCUCCUGAGCAGCUCCUCAUAGCUCUCGAACCAGAGGCUGCAUCCAUCUACUGCAGGAAGCUCCGUCUACACCAGGUCAUUGACCUCAGUCAAGGACUAGUAACCAAUGGUUUAGAUUUGGAUGGGUCCCGCUCUUUUGAUUCCAGUUUUAGGCAAGCACGCGUGCAGCUCCGCAGAGCCAGGCAUAGCCGAACUUUUCUGGUGGAGAGUGGUACUGGAGAAUUAUGGUCUGAGAUGCAGACAGGUGACCGGUACAUUGUGGCAGACUGUGGUGGUGGGACAGUGGAUCUGACGGUGCAUCAGAUUGAGCAGCCACAGGGCACUCUGAAGGAGCUUUACAAAGCCUCAGGGGGUCCUUAUGGAGCAGUUGGAGUGGAUCUUGCCUUCGAGGCCAUGUUGUGCCAGAUCUUUGGGGCUGACUUCAUUGAGAGUUUUAAAGCCAAGCGUCCAGCAGCUUGGGUGGACCUUACCAUUGCAUUUGAAGCCCGCAAGCGCACAGCAGCUCCUGGCCGGGCCAACUCAUUAAACAUCUCACUGCCCUUUUCCUUCAUUGACUUCUACAAGCAACACCGAGGGCAGAGUGUGGAGACUGCCCUGCGCAAGAGCAAUAUGAAUUUUAUAAAGUGGUCAUCUCAAGGGAUGCUGAGGCUGUCUGCGGAUGCCAUGAAUGAGCUUUUCCAGCCGACCAUCAACAACAUCAUAAAACAUAUUGAGAACCUGAUGCAGAAGGAGGAAGUAAAAGGUGUGCGUUUUCUCUUCUUGGUUGGAGGAUUUGCAGAGUCGCCAAUGCUUCAACGUGCGGCACAAAAUGCACUAGGGCGAAACUGCCGUAUCAUAAUUCCACAUGACGUAGGUCUAACCAUCCUCAAGGGUGCAGUCCUGUUCGGUCUAGACCCCACUGUUGUCCAUGUACGCCGUUGCCCAUUAACUUACGGUGUUGGGGUUUUGAACCGCUUUGUGGCAGGCCGACACCCUCGUGAUAAGCUUCUCAUAAAAGAUGGCCGAGAAUGGUGCACUGACAUCCUGGACCGCUUUGUAAGCAUUGAUCAAUCAGUGGCCUUGGGAGAGGUGGUGAGGCGGAGCUACACUCCAGCAAGAAUGGGACAAAGAAAGAUCAUCAUCAACAUCUACUGCAGUGACAUUGAUGACGUAACCUACAUUACCGACCCUGGGGUAAGGAAGUGUGGUGCCAUCACGCUAGACCUGCUUGAGUCAGGGGCAGUGGCAGCUAGCGCAAGUGAUAACAAUAAAGGAUCAGCAUUUGAACGCAGGGAGAUUCGCACGACGAUGCAGUUUGGAGACACUGAGAUCAAAGUCACAGCUGUUGAUGUGGUAACCGGCCGACUGGUGCGGGCAUCAAUUGACUUCCUGUCCAAUUGAUCCUAUUGUACUGUUUCUGGAGAGAACUGGAAUGCGAAUGUGAAGGACGUUUAACGACAGCUAAUCUCAUCAAUUAAUGGUUUAAAUAAUAGCCUUAAAGUUGAAGAUCUGGAUAUCCAAGGAUUGCAGAUAUAAAACCUGGAAGACUGAAUGAUAAACUGGAACAUUACUUGGAUUCCCUGUAAUUGUGCAAAGCACUAGCUAUGAAGACUGUCUCUGAAUUAAGUGUACUGUAAGCUUUGGAUAAGAAAGACUCUAAAUUAUAAGCAAUGACAGUUUUGGUUACACCAUGAGGCACAGACAAAAAAAAAUUACUAGAACUUUGGACAGGAAGCACAUUUACUAGAAUUAUCAAAUAAGCUUAAUUUUUUUAUUUUUAUACAUUUCCUAUUGGUUUCUUAACACAGAGGAACUAGUUUUAGUUCAGUUAUUCCUUGUGGUGAUCAUCACACAUGCAGUAAGUAUACUAUAUAUUCCUUCUAAGUUUGCAGACACUUAGGCCUGGUUUCACAGACAGGGUUUAGACUAAGCCAGGAUUAGGCCAUAGUUUAAUUAGGACAUUUAAGUAGUUUUUAUAAACGUGCCUCAGAAAAAAAAAAAAAACAUUACUGGUGUGCAUCUAAAGAUAAAACAAAGGCACUGAUAUAUUUUAAGAUCAGUCAGGGCAAGUUUCUUUCAGUUGAAACAGCUCAGACUUACAUUUUAGUCCAGGACUAGGCUUAAGCCUUGUUUGUAAAACGGGGGUUAGUAUUUUAACUAUCAGAUAAAGCCACUUACGUUUUUAUAAACAUUCUCUAUAACUAUACACUAAUCAUUUAAAAACUUGUAUCAGGACACUCUUUUUUUAAGUUUUUAAAUUAUAGUUGCGCCACCUGGAGGUAAGAAGAGGAAGUGAUCAGCUAGAAUGAUAAGUUAACAGAGAAAUUAAGUUCAAAAUUUCUGAUUUCCUACAGAGGUACAAAACAGUUGAUUACAUUAUAGAAUGCAAUUUGUAAACAUUUUUUCUACCUGAUUGUAAUUGUUUAUUUGCUCUACGAAGAACCUGUCUGAGACAUUUAGGUUUGUUUUUUUCAGGCACCAUUAGAAUAGCUAAAGCUUAUGAAACACUACCUCUCAAGACUUUAAAUUAUUCCAGGUCUAAACUAAAAGUGAUAACAUUUAUCAUUGAAAUUUGAACUUUUAGUCUUUUCAUUUGCCUCGUAUGAACAAUGUUGAUGGCUUUUUACCCAUCCAGGAGGUAAGAAAACACAAACCUGUUUCAAAUGUUGGUAAUAUUACUAUCAAGUAUGCUGGACAUCAGUCUGACAUAUGGGAAUUAAGCUAGGGCUUAAAUCACAUCAUACUGUUAGCAUAUAGUCCUACAAUUUUGACUUUAGUUUAAUUCAUACUAUGAAGCUGUUUGUAUACUUAUCACAAUGCCUGAAAAUAAAAGUAAUUUUCCUUUAAAUGUGAUAAUGUUUAAGAUAUAAAUUCUAAUGUCUGAAGUCUCUUACCACUUAUGACUAAAAGGUCAUAAAUCACAAAUAAAGAAA